AGUCGGCUCGCGAAGCGAGAUGAUCCUUGUCAUUAGCGCCAUAUCAAGGCGGAUUUGCCAAAUCACUACCUUCUUUUUGUAUUCCUACAUCGGUUGCAAAAAAUCCUGUGAAUUAAUACCUUGAAGUCGUAAAAAAUAAUUUUUUGAGUGAGUUGAAUUUUGGAUUGUGUUGAAAUAUUGUUAACAAUUCUAUAUUUAAGUAUUUUUAAAACUUUUAUUUCGGUAUUCAAAAAUAAAACAUUGUAUACACAUGACAUGAGUAUGAAUAUAUGCCGAGUGCACAUUUUAAGGGGUUUUCUCAAAGUACAUAAAGGUAUCACAUCUAGAAACCCUGUAAAACUUAUACAUAUCCUGCCUCGGAGUAUUUGAAAGUGAUUUUGUAUGAAAAUGGUGAAAUGAAAGAGAAUAUUUAGAAUUAAUUUGAUGAAAAUAUUCCCCACAGAACCGAUUUCUAUACUCUCGCUUUAAAAUUAUUUUACGUACGACUUGAUGUUAAUAUUAAAUCACGUGACAUUUUCCGCGGGAAGCUGUACAUGUAAACAGACAACAAUCAACGGAAGCAGAGUUUGUGGAGACAAUCACUGAAUCAGCAAGAGUUGCAAGAAUGCCUACACUGGAAGGAUUGUUUAGGAGCAAAAGAGAAGGUCCAUAUGUGGCCCCUGUAUUUGUGAAAGUCUGUGCUGUUGCUGAAGAGAAAACGUAUACAAACGCUAAUGAUGAGGAAAAGAAAUAUGUGAUAAUGGGAAUUGCAGACAAGACAAUGAGUGCAAAGUGCAUCCUCUACGACAUGUCGAAACUGAAAGACCCAAUAGAGGGAAAUUCUGUUAUGUUACUGAACGUCAUUGUGAAGGACGGUAACAGUCUCACCUUGACGUCCAAGUCAAGAGUCUCCAAAAUUGGAGACGUGGAAGUUUCUGCUCAGAAAGAAACUGCAGCAAGGGAAAUCGCUUUUCCACCGAAGGCAGCAGAAGUUCCUCUAAGAAACGUUGAAAAGUCACCAAAUAAAGAAAUGUUUUCUGUUAGAGGACAGAUAGUAGCUGAAGAAAUUGCCAGAACUGUUUCUGUGAAUGGCAGGGACACAAAGGUUAAAGGUGUCACCAUCAAGGAUGAUACAGGGAAGUGCAAAGUCUCUCUGCGGCGUGACCUGGCAUCCUCAAAAAUUGGCAUCGGACAACAUGUUUAAAUAUCUGAUGUAGUUGUCCAAACCUACAAUAAUGAAAAAUCUGUGUCCACCACCAGUCGCUCUAUAAUUGAAAAAGUACAGGCACCUACAUCAACAACUUUGAACCAAGACAUAAUAGCCUUCAACAUUGAAUAUGCUUCCUAUCUAUCAGUUGUUGUUGAUGAUGGAGAGCUAUACCCUGCUUACAGAGUACAAUCCAGUGCAAUGGCCAAAUUCCUGCAGUGUGACAUCAAGAAAGUGGAAGAAAACCUAGCAAGCAAAUUGCCCUUUCGAGCAUCCAUGAGCCUUGAGAAUGGUGAAAUUAUCAACUUACAGUAAAUUUUGGACACAUCUGAUCAAACCCUAUUAACUGUCCUUGAUAAUACAUGUAUUCUUACUACUCCAUUUAGAAUCCAUGUGAAAAGAAAUAAGGUUUUCCAAAAUGUAAAUUUAAAAAUAAUUGUUUUUUAAGGAGAGACAAACCAAAAAGAUUGUUUGGUUCAUUUCUUUCCGAGAUAUUUUUGAACAAAUGUGCAAGGCCUUUUCAGAUUUUCAAAUAAUUUUAAAACCUAGACUUUGUGUAUUCAUAAAGUGAGUCAGCUUUGGGGUUAAAUUGUUUUUUCAAUACAUUAGAUCAAAACUUUGUUUGUUUUUCAUUUUUUCCACUUAGCUGUUUAUGUCUUGCUUUUAUACUUAGAAUAGGUUACAACUAAAACUGAGAUUGAGUACUUAUUUGUUACUUAAAUGUGCAUUUCUGUUUCACAGACAAAAUGUUUCAAAGUUUUAUGUAUUAUAGAACAAUGGGAAAAUCUAAAAAGGACUUUACUUAAUAUGCAGAAGGGUUUUGUAAAAUUUGUGCAUGAAGCAAGAUAUCUUUUUUCCAUACCUAGUCAGUAUCCACAGUGUCAAAUACUCUUACAU